GACAGCCAGCAACAACAGCUGCUGCAGUGCUCCAAACUGGAGGGAGUCUGCCAAGGAAUAACUGAUGGAUAACUCUGCAGACGGUAGCCAGGCUGCCAAGGGCAAGACACAAAGAUGUUGUUUGUCUUCUGGAGACCCACCAGAAGCCAGAGAUACAGGGAAAAGAAUUAUCUUUACAGGUCCAGAUGGUACUGGUGAUUACAGGUCAUGGCUCCCUGCUCAUACUAUUUAUGUAGGAGCAAAAAGUUCACCAAAAGAGGGCACUAGUGAAGCUAUGUACUUGUGGCGACCUGCACCAGACAACCCACCUGCGUGGCUCAAGAGACAGUGCACAGUGGGAGAAAUCGGCUGGAGGGUAGUAGAAUUUGGUUAUCUCAACAGACGACGCAUCCCCAUCAGCAAACCUAUUAUGACUGAAAUAUUUCCUUCACCUGAAGAGUUUGAGAUGAUUCAGCGAUACACAAAUCCUGGGUGGAAAAAGUAUCCUGCUCCCUGUCCUCAAGUUUUAGGUUGGGAAGGCUACCAGAAUAAUCAUCCUUCUGUACUGACUAUGGAUUGCACACAUACUCUUUCUCCACAAGGGAAGGAAUGUGGCUUCACUUCUGUGGAAAGACAAGAAAGAAAAAAACAACUGCUUCCUACUUCUCCCCACUUGUAGGACUUAAAUGAUGUUUCUUUCUGAACAGGGACAUUUUAGAAUAAAAAUAUCUCAGUUGGAA